AUGGGGUUCGACCCUGACUCGUCCGGUGCACUCAACGGACUCGGUGCAUUCUGCCCCAAUAGACCUCCCGGCGUCGGACUUGGAGGAUUUAGUUCCGAUGAAAAAACAGGACCCGGCGACGAUUUCGUUGGAGAUGUUGCAGGAGUAGCCGGAGUUGGCAUGAUCACCGGAGAUGACGCCGGGGUUGCGGUGCCGGAGGGGCUGAUGGCGGGUGUGGCUGCGACCGGUGGAGUCGUGGCCGGGGGAGAUGAUGCGGGAGGUUUCGAUGGAGUUGCAGCCGGAGAUGUCGCUGGAGAUACCGAUGGAGGUGGAGAUAGAAUGGGGGUUUUUGAUGGGGUUGCCGCCGGAGGUGUAGAUGAAAUGGGGGUUUUUGAUGGGGUUGCCGCCGGAGGUGUAGAUGAAAUGGGGGUUUUUGAUGGGGUUGCCGCCGGAGGUGGAGAUGAAAUGGGGGAAUUUGAAGGGGUUGCUGCUGGAGGUGGAGAUGGAAUGGGGGAAUUUGAAGGGGUUGCUGCUGGAGGUGGAGAUGUAAUGGGGGAAUUUGAAGGGGUUGCUGCUGGAGGUGGAGAUGUAAUGGGGGAAUUUGAAGGGGCUACCACCGGAGAUGUUGCUGGUGGUGUUGUUGGGUUAGGGGAUGAGAUGGGGGAAUUGGAAGGGGCAUGGAGAGGUGUUUUCGCCGGAGAAAUGGCCGGAGGAGGUGUUGCCAGGAUCGUCGGUGCCGGACCGGGUGCCUGUGCAUUGCCGGAAUUUGACACCAACAGCAAAAACAGAGCAAAUACGCACAGGUUAUGCAUUUUGGGAGAUGUCAAAUUCCAAAUGAAAAGAUUUUCCGGUGGCCGGGAAAAGGCGUUCCGGUGA